CAGAGCGUUAACUUCCUGGUACUUCGAAACGUUUCAGUAAUGUCUUAUUUUGUGUGUAAACAUUCUCCUUGAUCAACGUGUAAGAUUAGUUUAAACAACUUAACAUGAUGGCACAGCCUGUCGACUUAGUUGUUUUCAUCAUCAAAAUCAUAGCCUUGAUAAAAAGUAGCCUGCUUGUAAGGUCUGUUUGUCUUCAUGAAGUAUUGACAUUUUACAAUGAAGAAAAUGAUGGAGCCUGUGAAUUUAAUAAGGAAAAGUUCACCAAUGUCUUUAUUGAAAAUGAGGAUGCAAAGAGAUGCCAAAUCAAUUGCUCCAUUAAAUCACUUGAUCCACUUUAUAAAGAUAUGGAUGCAUCCAAAAAAUACGAAAUAGAGGAAUUGAAAAUUGUUUUUUUGUCAACAACAUACACCUUUAUUUUGGAAAAGCAAUGCCCUGACUAUCCAAAUAAAAAUGUCUAUGUUACAAUCAAUUGUGAAGGAAAAUAUUUACAAGAUCGUGGAAUAGGCGAGAGUUGUGUCAAUGACAACCAAUGUGUGAAUGUAAAUGUUAAUUCUACUUGUGAUGAGACGACCCAACUGUGUCAGUGCAAGUCAGGACACCUGUACUUGUGGGAGAAUAAGACAUGUUCUCCAGUUCAAGAAUUAGGCGAAAUGUGUUACGAUUCUAGACAAUGCAAAUGGAUGAAUCCAUAUUCCAUGUGUAACAAUGAAAAUGAAUGCGAGUGUCAACGUGGAUAUGUUAAACUGAAUAACUCAUGCAUGCCAGAGCGCCGACUGAAUGAAACGUGCGAAGAUGAUCUACAAUGCUCAAUGGUUACAACUAACUCUACCUGUAACAAAAUUACGAAGCUAUGCACGUGUAACGAAGGCCAUCUACAGAUGAUGAACAUGUGUGUUCAUGGUCGUUUGGUGGAAGAAAUUUUAAAUCACUGCAAGAAAGUACAGUUAUCCAUCGAAAAUUUGGCGGAUAAUAACGUGGAACAGAUCUGCUCCAUGCUCUCAGAAACAUUCCUGAGUACUAGUACUUCUAUAGAGGCAGACAACGACAGUAGCUAUGGUUUAGUGGUAGGUGUUGGAAUAGCAGGACUUGUGAUUGGAAUUGCUAUAUGUGGAGCUGUAUACGUUAUUAUGACUCGACAUAGAACAACGUCUCAAAACAGAGCCAAUGCAGUCAAAGAAGAAAUCAACCAGCCAAGAUCUGUUGAGGUGUCCAAUGCUGUGUAUUCCGAACCUAUCAAACAUAAGAACAAUAAAUGUAAAACUGGUAUUGCCGUGGAAAAUGCUAUUUACAGUCACUUACAUGAAGACCUUAGCGAGGUCUGUAUACAAGCAGACUAUGACCAUGUGCCACAGUUAGGCACUGAGGAUGACGACUACAGUCAUUUGGGUACGUGCAACGCGACUGGUGUAGAUAGUCCUGAAGAAUAUGGAGUGGUCAAUUAAUUGGUAAAAGAAAUCGCUUCGUUUAUAUGUUUUGACUAAAACAAUUUAUGUCCUCCGAAAUAAACAAUAGCAAAUGGGGGAUUUCUUGGUACAUAUUGUAUGUGUCAGUUUGCAAUUGAUUUUUAAGGUUUAGGUUCUUUGUGUUAUAUCAUAGUGAUAAGUUGCGUAUUUAUUUCUUUUGUUAUAUUUAUAUGUAUACAAGACUGUGCUUAAUAAAACUCCUUUCAGUCAGUGAAAUCACUCACUGUUCAAUAAUCACUGAUAUGUCUUGAGAGAUAACAUGUACAAAGUGCUAGCCAAAGGGCGAGGGUUAGAUAAAUGACCAGAUGAUAAGUAAAUUAAAGGAUUUAAGCCAAUAUUGACCUGACUUGAACGAUGACAUUAUCCCUACUGCAAACUAUGUACUGUAUUUUUGUACAAUGACUCCUAUAUGAAAUACAUUUGCCGUAUAUGCACUGUAAAAAUAAGUAUCCUGGAAAAAUCUUAAACCUACAGAUGGUUUUGCGAGGGUCACUUGAAAAAAUAUUGUACAAGUUAUCUACACUGGUGCAACCGCUUGCAUGUUAUUAUUAUCAUUUUUUUAUUUUAUUUUUUGCAAAAUCAAUUUAUACAAAAUAAAUUAUUAUAAUUUUAAUCAAUGCGUGACAGACAUAAAUGAUAUUCAAAAAAGCUUUUAGAAACUUUUAUUGUGGCUUUUCUUAUUCACAAAUCGUAUUGAUAUUAAAAUGACAUUGUUAAUUAUUAUUAUUAUUAUAUUAUGAAACAAGAUGUAUCUUCUUCCAUUUUGUUUAGAAAUAUCGAAAUGCUGUUGUAAAUAAAAACAUUUUGUUAAUAGUCUUUCAUCCUUUAUAAUAUUCAUGAUUAUCAGUUGGUGGAAUACAGGUGUUCAAAGUGGAAGUGAAAUUUGUAUAUUGUAAUAACUGUUUUAUGAUGUGAGCAAAUUUUGAACACAGUUGUUAUAUUACGUAUGUGGUUUUUUUUAACGAUGAUAGCAUUAAAAUUGUUUGUUUUUACUAUGCUUAAUUUCGUAAUUUUCUUCUUUAAUGUAUUUGAAAAAGAGACUCUUAAAGUUACUGCUGUAACAUUUGCUUGCAUAAAAUUUAUAACAGUAGAUAUGCAUUUAACCUCGUACCAUGUGAACUCAAAAGAUUGUUUCUUUUUUUUUUUGUAAUCUGUGUUUCAUGAUACAACAUUGUCUUUUAUCACUUGUACAUUGUAAUCUGAAUGUAUAUAAUUGAAACGUUCUGCAGUCCAAGUCAAUGAUUGCAAAUGUCAAAUUGAGACAAUUAGAGCGUAACCUAAUACUUGACUUAUAUGUUGCUCCAGGUGAAAUUGUGCCAUUCUGUCUGCAGAAUGUUGACUGAAAGCGCUGAAAAUGUAACUGAAUGGCGAAGCUUUGCCAAUCUUAACAUUUAGCUACCUCUCAUUUGACUGAAUGGCAGAGUUUCCUUCUGUGUUGUAAAACAGAUUAGUGUAUUUUCUAAAUUUCAUUCUUAUUAGAAACUUUCCAAGAUAUAGGUAUAAAUUUUAUGUUUCUUAUUGUAUGAUUAGAAUGAUUACUGGUAUGUUAGAUUCUACCAAAAGGAAGAGAAUCUUAAGGCCGAACAAUAAAUUAAGAAGCUAAAAAAUUAUGCCAAGCGCUAUAAUAGUGUAUCUCUUUUUCAAUGUUAGGUUGCAGUAGUUACUCACAGACAUACAUCUCUUUAAAUUAUUAGAUAGCUUCAUGAACCUGAGUUCGUUUGUCAUUUAUUUUGUAAUUUUUACAAUUCAAAUAUAAUUCAGACAUUAAAAUUGCAUCUUUUAUUGCUUGAAGAUUUAAAAGAAGCUACAUUUCAAGACCAUGUAGAAAUUAAGAUUAAAGUUUGAAGUACAGUUCAUGUACAUGUAUUAACAUCAACAACCUGAGCUCGUCUUGAUCAUUAUACAUGUAUAUCAAGAUCUCUAUUUGUAAAAUUAAUGUAAAUGUAUGUUUACUUAUUACAAAGUUUUGUAUUGUAUAUAUUGUUAAAUAUUUGUACUGGAAUGUUUCUACUACUUCAAGUUAAUUGUCGUCAUUUGGUUGAGAUAAAUUCAUACGGAAUACAGUGAAAACAAUUGAUAUAUUUGUUUGAAGUUCAAAUACUAGUGCCGUACUACUUGUUUUUGUUUAUAUUCUGUAAAAAUGAUAUACUCCUGUAAGAGUAGAUAAUAGUUUCACUCCUAUCUUCUGCUUCUUUUUUGUUUAUUAAUUUGGUAUGUUUUUUUUUUUCAUUUUAU